UGGCAAAGGUCACAGAACCGAAGCGCCCAAACAAAACCAUCGCGUCGGUUUGGGCAAAAUUCAUCCCCUCUUUCAAAAUCUCCGAUUUCUUCAAUCAAAAUCUCAUUUCGGUUGUUCGCAGUUUCCCUCGUUUUUCAAAUUCCUCCCGUCAAAUUAAAAUGUCGGCAUCGACUGUAUCUAUCACGGCGAACCCGACGACCCGGCGGCGACCCGUCGUGGCCGUCGAGAAGAGGUCCACCCACAUCGAACUCGUCUCCGCCGAACCCCAAUCGCAGAGGGCCGACGACGGCCCCCGACCCGAAACCGCCAGAGAUCUGAGUCACCAGUCCAUCAGAAGCGAAACCGCCGUCGACCGCUCCGCUCAGACCCGAAGAACCGGAGCCACUUCCACCGUCUCACCCCCCUCCGCUCACCGCCGCUCCCGCAAAGCCCUACCCGGAACCAAGCGACCUCGCUGGCUCAGGUUCCUUCGUAUUUUCGGCAAGUGGUUCGGUCUUCUUGUUUUCGUCGGCGGUUUGGCCCAGAUACUCAUGCGCCUCGCUUACGGCUCCACCGCCGCCGCGCCCAUGGCGUUUACCGACUUGGAGGGUCGGAUUGCGGAGGUCGAAGCGUCGAUGAAGGAGACCUCCAGGAUGCUUCAGGUUGGGGUGGACGUGGCGAGCCGGAAGAUCGAUAAGGAGGUCGGAGAGUUGAGGAAGGAGGUGGAGGACAGAGGGGUGGCUUUGGCCGGUGAAUUGAGGAAAUUGGAGGCGAAAAGCGAAGGGCUGGAGAGGUCUGUGGAGGAAUUGAAGAGCGUGGAGUGGCUGUCCAAGCAAGAGUUUGAGGGGAUUUACCAGGAGUUGAAGAAGGAAGGGAAGAGUGGUGAGUUGGGUGCGAGUUUUGAUGAUAUAAUGGCGUAUGCCAGGAAUGUGGUGGAGAAGGAGAUAGAGAAGCAUGCUGCGGAUGGGCUUGCGAGGGUGGAUUAUGCAUUGGGGAGUGGAGGUGCUGCGGUUGUGAAGCAUUCGGAGCCGUAUGUGGUGGGGAAAGGGAAUUGGUGGACGAGUAUGAGGAAUGGGGUUCAUAGUGAUGCUGAUAAGAUGUUGAGACCGAGUUUUGGAGAGCCCGGGCAGUGUUUUCCAUUGAAAGGGAGUAGUGGGUUUGUUCAGAUUAAGCUCAGGACAGCAAUUAUUCCCGAGGCUAUCACUCUGGAGCAUGUUUCAAAGAGUGUUGCUUUCGACAGAACGAGUGCUCCCAAGGACUGUCGUAUAUCUGCAUGGCUGCGAGGAGUGCAUGAUCAGGAUUUAGAAGUCCAUACAGAGAAGAGGUUUCUUUUGGCUGAGUUCACAUAUGACCUCGAGAAGAGCAAUGCCCAGACAGUCACUGUGUUGGACUCAGCUGUGUCUAACAUUGUUGACACAGUGAGGUUGGACUUCACAUCCAAUCAUGGUAGCCCUUCACAUACUUGCAUAUAUCGUCUGCGAGUUCAUGGACAUGAACCCGAAGCUGUUUCUGUAAUGGCCAUGCACGAGUCUUAAUUGUCUUUAGAUGUUAGCCCUCAAAGAAGAUCAGCCAUUUGUUUUUGCUGUGUUGUAGUUAAACUUGGUACUUGAUAGGUACAGAUUUAUGGUUGUGUGCUUAGAGUUGUUCGCUAUGUCCACUAUGAUUUCUUAUUCUAGUGUAAUGUAGUAGUUGUGUAUUUUUCUUUAUGCAGCUUGUGCAGGUCCCAUUUUAUUGCUUUCCAAGUAUAUUUUAGAAACGGACUAUAAUUUUAGUCCUUAACUUUCA